UAACGUUGCAAGACAUACUGGUUUAACAAUAUAAUCAAAUUAAUAUCAAUUAAGUUUCUCCUGAAAACUAGUCGUUAAAUAAAGUCUGUUGAAAUGACUAAUGAAAUUGACAAAUACUUUGAAGUUGCAAAAAAAUUAAUUCUUCAAGCUGGUGAGAAAUUAAAAGAUGCUUUAAACAAAGAAAAAAUAGUAAAAGUCAAAAAUCCUUGUAAGAGUCUAGUUACGCAGUAUGACACAGAGAUUGAAUCAAUGCUGAUAGCAAGAUUGGCUGAAGAAUUUCCUGAUCACAAAUUUAUUGCUGAAGAAUCCUACAAUACUAAUGAAGAAUUACAAUUGACUGAUUCACCCACAUGGAUGAUCGACCCUAUUGAUGGUACAACUAAUUUCAUUCAUGGAUUCCCACAUUGUUGUAUUUCAGUUGGUUUAGCAAUAAAUAAACAAGUAGAGCUUGGAAUAAUUUUCGAUCCUCAUAACAAUCAAUUAUUUACUGCAAAAAGAGGUGCAGGCACUUUUGUAAAUGGAAACCAAUUAAAAGUAUCAAAUACGACUAAAUUAAAGAACUCGCUAAUUAUUCUCGAACCAUUGACAUUUAAUUGGAUUCCUAAAAUGCGAGAUAUAGGAUUAGGGAGAAUUGAUGCAUUGGGAAAUGCUGCUGAUGGAGUCCGGAGUAUUGGCUCGGCAGCAAUAGCAAUGACAUUAGUGGCAAAGGGAGUUGCUGAUGCGUUCCAGAUGGAUCAUUUAAAGCCUUGGGAUGUUGCAGCUGGAUUGUUACUUAUUGAAGAAGCUGGAGGAGUUGUUAUUGAUACAAAGGGAGGACCAUUGAACAUCAUGAAACCCCAAGUAAUUGCAGCAGCUUCUGAUUCAUUAGCAAGGGAAAUAUCAAAGCUUAUUAUUGACACAGACCUUCAAACACAAAGGAAACGCCUCAAGAAGACUUGACAUUACAAAUUAUUAAUUUAUUAAUGAAUUGAUAUAUAAGAUGAUAGAGCAAUGUAAAUUUAGAUAGAAUCAGAAUAUUGAAGAAUAGAAUGUUUUCAAGUUGAAAACACAUUUAAUGUUAGCUUUAGUAACGAUUUUCUUAUC